AUGAUCAUUGAUUUGACAAGAACCUAUUUGGAACCCACAGACAUUUUCAAAGAGCCUAACUUGUGGAAUUUCAAUCCGGAUUUAGUUUUUGACAUCUUUGACAAAUUUUAUCUAAGAGUUCAACUGAUAAAGAAAAUCAUGGAAACCUACACAGAAUUCAUCAAAUUAGAAAAAGAGUUCCUGCAAGAUUAUAAUGUAUUUCGUGAAAAUAUUUCUGAUUUGGACCACAGAUUAUCAACAAUCAUUUGUCAAGCAUUUGAUGACUGCUCUGGAUUAGAUUCUUGUUUCAGGCUGAUUGAGACACUAGGCAACCUGCUUGAACGUCCUUUAAUCAAAAAAACAUUUGAUAAGAAAUAUGCAAAUAUUGUGCAUCUAAUGCAAGAAGAGGUGAAAAUGGUUAGAAAAAUGUAUGACGAACAAAUGUUGCACCAGAAAAUCCAUGGAAGAAUUCAGAUGCAUAAAUUCAUGCCAAAAGUCUCUGGCAGUUUAAAGUGGGCUGAAGAAAUGAGAAUACGAAUCAGCAAUUUUGUCGAAGAUUUCAAGCAUUUGGAACAUAAGUAA